CCUACCCUCAUACCUCUACCUCAGGACUCACCCAUCGAAGCCAUGGGCGGUGAGUCACGGAGCUACGGUGGAUUGGUGACGCUCUCGAUCAUCGUCAACUACGUCCUGGGCGUCGGCCUGCUCGCCUUGCCCUACGUCUUUCGGGUGGCCGGCAUUGGACUCGCCGUGGUGGCCAUUGUCAUCGGUGGCAUCUUCACCCACAUCACCGCCAUGCUGGUGGCAGAGGCUGAAGAUCUGUCCAAGCGCGCUCUUCGCAACGGUUCGCUCGUCCUUCCAGGAUCGGUCUUCUCGUCCCACGUCUGUUCGUCGUCCCCCGUCCUCACCGAGACCUCGCCCAUGCUCCGUCGCACGACGGCUGCUUCUGCUCCGUCGGCGAUCGCGGUCAACUCGGGUGAUGUGGAGGUCCUGUCGGCCACAGCUGGUGCCGCGCCGCGCCUAGAUCCGCCGCUCGAGGUUGUUGACAUGGUUCAUCUCUACUACGGGCCGCGGGUCCGGGUCGCGUACAUCAUCGGGCUUGGGACGUAUCUCGUCGGCGGGCUCUGGGCGUACACCGCCAUCUUUGCGGUGGCUCUCGGCGCGGCCUUUCCGCUCAAGUUUGCGGUGGCGCCCGAGCAUCGCGCAGGACUGACCUGCGAUGCUCAUGCUGGCUUUGAAUCGGAUUGUGAGCUUGUGUAUCUGGUGUACAUUGCCGUCUUUGCCGCCAUCGUCAUUCCGCUCUCGUUUGUGGAUGCCGCGUCGCAGUGGCUCGUCCAGAUUGUCCUCACUGUGGCGCGGUACGUGACCAUCGCCAUGAUGAUGAUCAUUCCGGUUGCGGCUCUGUAUACCGACUCGGUUGACGCCGCGCCCGGCGCACCUGCACACCCGCCACACAUCGCACCGGGCGCCGACGACCUAUUCCGCUGGACCGGGACCGGCCUGGCGCUCCUCACCGGCCUCUACUCGCUCGUCUUCCAGCACUCGGUCCCCGGCAUCCUCGCGCCGCACCGCAACAAGGCCUCGAUCCCGCUUGUCCUCGCCCUCUCUAUCGCCUCGAUCAGCAUCCUGUACAUCGGCCUCGGCAUCGCGUCGGCGUUGUACUUUGGCGAGUCGACCCAGCCGUCGAUCAACGUCAACUACUCGACCUUUCGCUACGGCCGUGCAGAUGGGACCAAUGUCCCGCUGUGGGGCAAGAUCUGUAACGACAUCAUUGUUCUCUUUCCGGGCAUCUCCUCCAUCUCGACCUACCCGCUAAUCGCGCUCACCCUUGCUAACUCGGCGCUUGUUACUCUUCCGCUCUCGAUCACCGGCGCGCCCGGGUCUGCCAAGCGCGCUCGCGCCACCUGGGUCACCCGCGCCGCAGUCGCCAUUCCUCCGGUCGUGGGCGCGGUCUUUGUCCGUAACCUCACCACCAUUCUCUCGUACGCCGCCAUCCUCGCCAUUGCCAUUGGCCUGGUCAUGCCUGCUGGCAUCUGGCUCGGCGCCGUCCGCCAUGCCGCCGCCCACGGCAUUGACCGCGUCGCGCCGUACGCCUCUGUCUUUACCUCGCGCAUCACGGCUGGAACGUCGCUCGCGUUUGGUGUCGCCUGCCUCGCUGCCUUUGUCGUCGGCCUUGUUGCAAAGAGCUAGCCGAGAGCAGCCUGCUCAUCGCGCAUGGUCUAUCGAGUAGUCGAUGUCGGAAUGAAUGUCGCCCGG